AUGUGUGUCGGCUUGUGCGGAGACGAGUCGGUCUUCGUUGAGCGUGAGAACUGGUCCGUUUCCAGAGCCUAUUUAUCAAAACCUGUCCGAGGUCCAGUUUCGCGCCGGGAAAGUGACAAAUGGGAUCCGGCGACCCCGAAAAUGGGUGCCGAAAGCGAUGCUGGACGCGGAGUUGCG